GCUGGAGGGACACGGAGAGGAUGUCCAUGUACACAAGAGAAGGUACACCCCCGGACUCAGAAAUGAAAGCAGCCUGCGAAACAGAGAAAACAACUAGUCUGAAUCCAUCCGCUGCCACACAGCUUCCAGUGAGCACCAACUGCCUGGCGUGCUCGGAGGACGGCAGGUACCUGGGCCUGGGUCACGCCCUCGGGUUGUCCGUGUGGAGCGCAUCUUCUCUGCUCUGCGCUGCAGAGUGGAAGCAGGACGCCCUGGAAGUCACCUCCAUCCAGAUGACCGCGAUGGGCGAGAGCGCCUACAUGCUCGGCGCCGUCGACGACAUGGGUGUUGCCCGAGUCUUUGCAUAUCACCGUGAAGCGAUUCACCCCCUUAGCGUUAUUAACACCAUGGAAAAUAUCAACAAAAGGAGCAUUUGCUUGACAUUUGAACUGUCUGAAGGGGGAGAUUAUGCAGCUGCGUCAAUCAGCUGUAACGGCGCCGCUUGGCUCGAGGUGUUCCACUUGCCCUCAGAAGCGUGGCUCAAAGAGAUGGAGACGGCACAGAAGCAGGACCCAAACUCAUCUGAAGACGUGGAUAUGAAAUGGUCUCCGGUUGCAGUUGUGAUUAAAAUCAAGCCACCCAAAAAUCCAGCAGGCCCGCUGGAUGGUCCACUCGAGCUGUUCAGGACGACGGAUUGGUUCUCACGCCUCUCGGCUCAGGAAGUCGACCGAGAUGCAGGAAACACGAAGGAAAAGAGUGAAAGCCCACCACGUUGCACGCAGCACUUCCUUUGGCCUUGUGGCCCGUUUCCCGGUGGCAGUAAAGCAAAGCCAGCGGGAGGGCCGGUUGCCGUCAGCGUGUGGUGGAGCGGCAGCCAGAACCUUCUUCAGUAUUCGCUGCACAAAGCACCGAAAAACAAAACAGAUGUGGAACCCGUGCCAGAUGUGUUGUGGCCCAAUGCAAAGACGAUCCUCUGCUCGGCGGUCAGCAGGUGCAGCCGGUUCGUGGCUCUGGGGCUGGAGGGUGCGUUGGUGUGUGUGUGGGACAGGAAGUCUGGGUCUCCGUUGUCGGUUGUCAUGGUGACAGCAGCAGACAGCGACUUCUCCAGGAUGCAGUUUGUGGACAACUGUCCUGACAUCGGUCCUGAUCACGAUGCCGAUGUUUCCCAAACCUUCCCCGCAGCGACAGUCUGUGUUUUGUUGUUGUGUAAAAGUGGAGCCACUCAUACAGUCACCGCAGGAAGAGGAACACAGACGCUGCAGCGCUCUGAAAGGCCAAAAGAGGGCGGGGACAUUCCAGCUGUCGCUGCACCAGUGGCGUUCCUGCAGAGUUUGUCGCUUGUGGUGCAAAGAAAUGGAGAAAUGUUCCUUCAAGACAUCAUCAACAGAUCCAGAGUUUGCUCCUUGAUGCUUCCUACGACUCAUCGGACCGCAACUCCGUGCGUUCCAGUUUAUGCUCUGAGCACCGAGCAACAGACGCUGUACAUACGAGGUGACCAGGACUCCGGCUGCGCCGCGUCUUCUGAAGCAGGGAGCCAGCUUUUCAUCUUCCGUUUUGGGGAAUCUGAUAUUAUCAGGCGGUGGAUUGUUUCACUUCCUGACUCCCCACGACAACUAAACACACCGAGCUACGAAACUCUGGAGGAUUCCUGCAAUCUCUACCUGCAGCAAAGAGCGCUGUCUGUGGACGAGAGGAACGACGCGUUGACGCAGACGUGGAAGCAGCUUCAGGAAACUGCAGCGACGCUGCAACAGACGCGGAAAAACUGCAGCUCCUGAUAUGUUUUUUGCACAUUACUAUUGUACGUGUUGUUUGUGUGCAUGUUCAUUUUGUGUUCUUCUAAUUACCACCACCUUUUCAGCUUAUAUAUAUAUAUAUAUAUAUAUAUAUAUAUAUAUAUAUAUAUAUAUAUAUAAUAACUCAUUUACACACAAUUAGUCCAGUAUAGUGAUGGUGAAUUGCUUUUUAUAUUUUUUAACCAAUGUUGAAAGUAAGUGGAAAAAUAUUUAUAUUCAAAUUUAUCUGAAUCGUCAUAAGGUUUUGUCUUGAAAAACGUUUUGAAGAAAGAAUUUUCUUUUUUUAUAUAUAUUUCUUUUUUUGUGAAAAAAAUGAAUUUCAGGCAGAAAUAUUUUCCAAUAAACCACAGAUGUUGGUUGGAAGUAGCAUUGAAUCCAGUAACUCGUGUUUAGCUUGCUGCUAAGUAAAUGAAUAAAACAUUUUUAAAAAUCUCCAGGACUAUAUUUUAUUAAUUUCAAGAAAAAAUUAGUUUAUGCACUAAUCCUAAUUUAUACAUUGUUUAUUUAGUUGAAUCUGGCUGCAUAAAUGUCAUAUCUGUGGUGCUGGAAGGUUGUAUCUCAUAUGUAUUUUAAAAGGAUGUGUGUAUGAAGGCUGAUUAUGACUGGGCACGAAGGCUUUUUGUUGCCUUUGGGGUCUUUGAAUGUUUCAAAGGCCACGUUUUUUAAUAUCAGAUGACAGAAAAAAACAGGGGCAGUGUGCAGAGAUGUUGCUUUAUUAAAUUAAAUGGAUUACUAUUGUGUA